UCUGUCUCUGUCGGGUCAAUCAAUUUCGUUAGAUAAUAUCAUAUCAAAAUCAUGUUCUUGUGGUGGUUGUGUAUGAGUGAGAGAUAAAAAUCUCUUCGAUGCAUAUAUAUAUAUAUAUAUUUAAAAAUCUGUAUCAAAUUGUUAUUCACACAUAAAUAAAAAAUGACAAAUGGAAACUACUUAAAACAUUAUUAGUAAUGUUAUUAUUAGUCAUUGAAAUUGGACAAUCUUAUAUAUGACAUUUGAAAAAAUUGAAUAUGACAAUCAUUGGUAAAGUCAGCUUGCUAAUGUUUUUACUAUUACAAUUUGUUUUAAAUGCUUACACUAUAAAAUGUCGUGUUUGUUUGCCGUGUGAAGAUGAAUAUAAAAAGCUAUUCAAAAUUACAAAAGAUGAAAUUUUAGAUAAUUGUGGAGUUUGUAUUACAGCAUACUCAACAUUUCAAGGUUAUCAAAUGGAAGGUAGAGGAUGUUUACCUGAAUGUCCACCAAAAAAUGCAAUCAAUAAACUUACCCCGGGACUUAUUAGCAAAUAUGACUGUUGUUAUCGUGAUCUAUGCAAUAGGGCGACGGAAUUAUUUGUACAGUACAAAUUGUUAAUGAUUUCAUGUUUAAUGUAUUCAUUAUUAUUUUUAAUAUUAUUGUGAAAUAAUGUGAUUGAGUAUUUCCUAAAUAUGGAUGUUAAUCAGCAUUUCACUGACAUAUAUAUACUUGUAAUUUGUUUAUGAUUCUUCUUUAAUGAGAACAACAUAAGUAAUCUAUUUCGGUCAAAAUUUUUAAUAGUGCAGUACUGAUGCAUUUGGUUUUUUUAGUCAAGCAGUAUUUCUUCAUUUUUUUUCUGUAUAUAAAUUUGACUACUUAUUAGUAGUCCAAC